AUGCAGUUUAACGCACAGCCUGCCGUCCAUGACCCGCGCUUUGCUCCCAACACUGAUACUAAUGGCACCUGUUCACCAGCCACAGACAAUGACCCAUCUGCUGUCUCUGCCACGAGAAAACACGUCGAUAUUGACAAGCAGUGCGCUGUUCCUCAGUACAACGGCGUCCCGUGCCCUGCUCCACUUGCUUGCUCGUCGCACACCGUACGUGACAAGCACACGGUCCCUGGCAGAAGUGCUCCGCUAGAACAACUCAUGGCUCGUCAGCAGCAAGAGUUGGCACAACACACUCAGCAAUAA